AUGGUGGCCGACGGAUCAACAACCUUGGCACCCGCCGGUCGGCACCCACGUGAUCAUUUUACCGCCCUUCGCUUUUUGACUCGCAUCCCGCGCCUUGUACCCGAGCAUGACGCGGAUGACAAUGACAAUGACGAUGACGACGACGACGACGACGACGACGACAAUAAUGAUGAUAAUACACGCCACAACCUCACGCAGCUCCAGCCCAUCGAGCUAUGUUUCCAUCAAGACUUUAUCGCCGACCCCGACGACCCCGUCUCGCUACAUCUCGCAGGCCAUCAUCCUCGGCGCAUCAUCCAGUACCAUGGCCCCAUCGAGCUGCCAUUACCUGCGCCACCGUCUUCCAUCCACGAGAUUGACGACAUCCUCGACCUGACACUCCUCCCCGAUAACGAUCCUUCCCGGCGUUGCCAAAGCUUCAGCCCAAGCCUGACGUCCGACCCGAGCCCGGGCCCGAGCCCGAGCCUGAACCUUGGCAUUGGCACCCCGACCCAGCGGCGGCGCCGCAUCGUCUUCUACAUUUCUUGCGGGUUUCUUCUAGGCCUUUGGGCCCAUCAACUCUUCCGGGGCUCAGCUGCUGCCGCAUCUUACACGGCCCCCGACGGCAGUCUCUACAACAUCCGCUUCAACGAAACCACCGUAUCACUUGGUCUGCAUCGCACAAUCACCCUUCUGGAACAGGAGCGCUUAUCCCUUAGCUACAUGAUGGUUGAUGCUCUCAAGGAUCCUGACGAAACCUUCCUCCAAGACCUAGACAGACUCGUCAACCACAUAUGCCGCAACGCCACCAUUCUAUUGGCGCAGGACGGCAAAAACAAACCCUGGAAAAGACCCGCAGCCACUGCCGGUCGCGACCCGGCCGAUCAUCUGCAUCUUAACAUGAAACUUGCGUGCCAGCUGCUGAACCGCCACAUCGGCAAGUUGGAAAUCUUGUGGGGGCCCCUCGCAGUCAGGGUGUCUGGCUCUGGCUCGCAACUCAACCGCCUGCGCUUGACUGUGAGGCAUCUGAGCGAGGCAUACAACGCCCCUUCCUUUCUCCGCGCCUUUCGACACGCUCUCUCCAACAGCCUAAACGAUUGGGUGGAUGCCGCGUGUCAUUUAUGCCCGUCAGCGCCCGCGUCGUCCUCGUCGUCGUCGUCAUCUGCUGAAGGCACUCUUCUUGGGCACUUUGCUUGCGACGCGUCGUUUGCUGCGCUCUCGGGCCUUCUGCACCAGCCGCUGACUGCUUCUUCCUUGGUCAACUUUCUCAUAUCCUGGGGCCAGGGGCAGUCGGCACGCCGUUAUGCCACGUUCAACAAACAGAAAGGGAGCGAAACGGUGGAAUCGUUCCUCCAGGCCGGCAACAUGGCGGCGCCAUCCAUGGCAGCCGAGGGCGAGCUCGUGGCUCUGUUGCGCCACGUCGUCGAACUCUUUACUGGCAUCUCCGACCUGACCAGGCUUGCAUCUCAAACAACGCUCCAGGCCGCCGCAGCUGCUGCAGCAGAUGGGGAACUGUCAUCGGGCCGCGACAACAGGGAACGGCUGUGGUUUCAGGGCACAUUUCAGUGGUGGCAGCCCGGCGCAUCACCCUCUGCGCCCGCAACGAGGCAUAUUCUGAGAACCCACGCCUUUAUCCAGAACAUCUACAGGGACAUGGAAGAGCUUGUCCGUCUGCAGGAUGCAGUUAUCAGGCCAAAGUUGCAAAUGCUAGCUCCUGCUGUAGCUAAUGCAAUACAAAUGUGCACCAUGGUCUCCGACUUUAACAACCUUCUUGACGCGCUUGACAGUGGCCUCGGGUGGAAUACAUCUACAUUGCACCUCAUUAGCAGCGGCUCGCAUUCUGAGCCAGCAUCCAUCGAGGUAACGCGUACUUCUUAUGUAGAGGACAUCAACGGUGAGAUUGCUGCGCUCAAAGCCGAGGAAGCAGAGCUUCAGUCCGUCCAGCAGCCGAAAAACACUAACCUGGGCGGGGGUAAUGGGGAGCGUUCUAGAGGGGUUCCGGAGGGUUCGGAGGUUCCGGAGCCGCAGAACGACGAGGAGAGGCGGUUUCUUGAGCGGCUGCAGCAGGGACAGGCACAUCGUCGAGCAGCCGUCCAGGGGCUGAUGAACGCGUUUGGUCUCGGGAACCCCCUCACCACAGCGGCGACCACAGCGGCGGCCUCAGCCAGGACCGUGCUGACAAUGAUAUAG